AUGGUCCGAAGCGCCGGAUGGUGUUUGCUGCUGAGCUUCGUUGGGCUAUUAGUGGUGCCAUUUAUGGAUCGAGUCGGGGGCGCUGAAUACGAUGAUGAUGAUGACUUGGGCGUUGCCGAGCCGCCGAAGCUGAUCGUCGUCGACGUGGUCGAACACCUCAACGCUUCGCAUGUUCCAGUGCCGAUAGGAGACACCAAUCCACUCGGGAUCUCGCAAUUCUUUGCCUUUCCGGCCUAUGCUACUCGUCUAUCGCAGACCGCCCAAUGUCUUAAGAAUCUAGAACAAGCGUAUGGCAUGCCAAGUCCGAUCAGGAUAGGAGGCACGACCCAAGACCGAGCGAGGUAUGAUCGGGAAGAGUCCCAGCCGGUCCGGUACCAGCUUCCCUCGGGAGGAGGAGCUGCCCAGGUGCCUGCCCGGCUCUCCUUCGGCCCCGAGUUCAUCCGGCUGGCUAACCAGCUCUCCCCCGGCCCACUCACCUUCGGCCUCAAUCGCCAGUCCGGUAAUCUCCUCAACGCCGGGAUCGCCGCGCGCGAUCUCGUCGAUCAUCUCUCGAACCUUUACGCUAUCGAACUCGGAAAUGAACCCGAAUUCUGGGCGCCAGGUUCUCCGGAAAGGAAAGGGCUCAAGAAUUGGACGCCCGACGCGGAUGCGCGGUCCCAGAAAGCGUGGCAACGGGAGAUCUCGACGAGGGUGGCCAAGAAGGCACUCGUCCAGGCGGGCGUCUUCCUCUCGCCUCCGCGUUGGUCGGUUUCCGAAUUAGCUCCCCAAGAAGGCCCCGAUCUCCAAUACGUCAAAAGCUUCGGGGGACAUGCGUAUCCUCAGUCAGCUUGUGGUAACUCGAAAACAUCGUUGGCUGGAUUAAUGAACCAUACGCAAAUCGUCAGCUUUGUGGGCCGGUUUGAGGGCGAAGUCCGGGCGGCCAAGAAGCUCGGCAAGCCGUACCAUUUCUCGGAAACGAACUCGGCUACGUGUGGUGGCCAUGGCAUCUCGGGAACCUUCGGCGCGGCUCUUUGGCUGAUCGAUUAUGUGUUUCAAGCACUCCUGUUAGGCGUCAAUCGACUCUACUUUCAUCAAGGCACGAUCAACCACAGUCCAUAUAGUUUCUGGAAUGCGACCCAAGUCUCGCCGACCUAUUACGGGGCCUAUUUCGUCUCCUUAGCCUUACGCGGAGCCACCGAGCUGAGUCGGCUUCCGAGUUCGCGGCCGGAGGUGGCGGUGUAUGGGCUCUGGAAGUGUGGCCGACUGGUCCGUCUAGUGAUCUACCAUUCCGAAUUUCGCGGCCCCGACAGCCCCGCAAGGUCGCCGGAGCCGGUCGAGAUCCACGGCCUGCCUCCGGACGUCCUCCGCGUCCGUCUCCUCCGUCUCGCCGCUAAACAUGCCUUCGUCUCCGCCACAGGCAUGCUCAGCCCCGAUCACGUCUCCUUCGGAAACACCUUCUUCGAUAAUCGCGACUGCACCUUCCGAAGCCCCCCGCUCUAUCAGACUCUUCCCGUUCCGUCCGGGCCUCUCCAACUACACAUCGCCCCCUCCCAAGCUAUCAUCAUCGAACUCGUCUCCGAAAUCCCCGCUCCUUUUUGCUGA